GAGUAGCAUUUUAGGCUGUAGGGAAACCCGGCAGAGGAGGGGCUUCCCUCACUGCUGUAGCGGUUUCCGGUUUGCCACAACUAAUACUAAACUUUGAAUUAUCUCUUGUCUGUUGGCGCCAGGGUUUAUUCUUGUUCCCAUGGUACAGAUGAAGAAACCGGGUGUUGUGAAUCCGGAUUUAGUUCUCUAUUAACUGUGUGACCUUGGGCCAGAAAGUGAAUCUAAACUGUCAUUUUGCUCUUUUGUGUAAUGGAUAUAGUAAUUCGUGUGGUUGUGAGACUCCAGCAUCAGUUAAUGCAUUGAAAGGGCUUAGCACAAUGCCUGACACUCGAUGGCAGUAUUUCUAUAGUAUAUCUAAUAUGAGUCCCACAUCUUGGCCUCUUACCCAGCUUCAGCAGUCUCAGCUCCACUGGCUGGAGAAUAAAUGGGAUUUGCACAAAUUCCAAACAGAACUGAAACACAGACUGCAGUGUUAAUAUCAUUUUCUUCUGAUUGUUAUUAACAGAACAUUAAAUGUCGUCAGAAGACCGAGAAGCUCAGGAGGAUGAAUUGCUGGCCCUGGCGAGUAUUUAUGAUGGAGAUGAAUUUAGAAAAGCAGAAUCUGUCCAAGGUGGAGAAACCAGGAUCUAUUUGGAUUUGCCACAAAAUUUCAAGAUAUUUGUGAGCGGCAAUUCAAAUGAGUGUCUCCAGAAUAGUGGCUUUGAAUACACCAUUUGCUUUCUGCCUCCACUUGUGCUGAACUUUGAACUGCCACCAGAUUAUCCAUCCUCCUCCCCACCUUCAUUCACACUUAGUGGCAAAUGGCUGUCACCAACUCAGCUCUCUGCUCUCUGCAAGCACUUAGACAACCUGUGGGAAGAGCACCGAGGCAGUGUGGUCCUAUUUGCCUGGAUGCAGUUUCUUAAGGAAGACACCCUAGCAUACCUGAACAUUGUCUCUCCUUUUGAGCUCAAGAUGGGCUCUCAGAAAAAAGUGCAGAGAAGGACGGCUCAGGCCUCUUCCAACACAGAGCUAGAGUUUGGAGGAGCUACUGGAUCUGACGUAGACCAAGAGGAAGUCGUGGACGAAAGAGCUGUACAGGAUGUGGAAUCAUUGUCAAGUCUGAUCCAGGAAAUCUUGGACUUUGAUCAAGCUCAGCAGAUGAAAUGCUUUAAUAGUAAAUUGUUCCUGUGCAAUAUUUGUUUCUGUGAGAAGUUGGGUAGUGAAUGCAUGUACUUCUUGGAAUGUAGGCAUGUGUACUGCAAAGCCUGUCUGAAGGACUACUUUGAAAUCCAGAUCAAAGAUGGCCAAGUUCAAUGCCUCAAUUGCCCAGAACCAAAGUGCUCUUCAGUGGCCACUCCUGGUCAGGUCAAAGAGCUAGUGGAAGCAGAGUUAUUUGCCCGUUAUGACCGCCUUCUCCUCCAGUCCACCUUGGACCUGAUGGCAGAUGUUGUGUACUGUCCACGUCCAUGCUGCCAGCUUCCUGUGAUGCAGGAGCCUGGCUGUACCAUGGGCAUCUGCUCCAGCUGCAAUUUUGCCUUCUGCACCUUAUGUAGGUUGACCUAUCAUGGGGUCUCUCCAUGUAAGGUAACUGCAGAGAAAUUAGUAGAUUUACGAAAUGAGUACCUGCAAGCAGAUGAAGCUAAUAAAAGAUUUUUGGAACAGAGGUAUGGUAAGAGGGUGAUUCAGAAGGCCCUGGAAGAAAUGGAAAGUAAAGAGUGGCUGGAAAAGAACUCAAAGAGUUGCCCUUGUUGUGGGACUCCCAUACAGAAGUUAGAUGGAUGUAACAAGAUGACGUGUACGGGCUGUAUGCAGUAUUUCUGUUGGAUUUGCAUGGGUUCUCUCUCUAGAGCAAACCCUUACAAACAUUUUACUGAUCCUGAUUCCCCAUGUUUUAACAGGUUGUUCCAUGCUGUGGAUGUUAAUGGAGAUAUUUGGGAAGAUGAGAUUGAAGACUAGUUAACUCUUCAUGCUCAUAAUAUGGAAGUGGAGUGGUUUGCCCCAAUCUUGUCAAGUAUACAAAGUAACUUUGCAGGAUAUUUAGGGUACCAUGUAUUUAUAGAAGAUAAGGAAGAGCAAGGUUUAUAUUUUCAUUUGGUACUACUGAUUAUGGCACCUUCCUACAUUUUUUUCACGUAACAUAAAUUGAUAAAAUUAUAAGCCAAAGGUUCGGAAAAUGAAAAUUACAAAAUAUUAAAUAUUAUAAUGUGCCCAAAGCUCUUUUUAACUAAAAAGUAAAUAUUUAUUUUCUCCCCCAAGCUUUAGUUAAGGAGAAGGGUCAAGAAUUAAACUUAUAGACCUAUCUCCAAGAAGCAUCCUUCUGAGACAUUCUUUUGGAGCCCCCUCAGUACUCCUUACUGCUGGGUGGGUAGAAGCCUUGUUAGAAUCCUACUGAGAGCCUGAUCCCAAUCAGUCCAUAUUACUCACGUUCCUUCCAACUGAAGUUUUUGCUAAGUGCUCUUUGGAGGGAGCCUUCUACUCUAUAACUGACUGGAUGGCCCAAUAUUAUUUUGAUCUAUUGCUUUUCAGAAUUUAGAAAUUUAUAAUAAUUUUAAAAAAUAUUUUUCAGUACCACAAACACUGCGGGUGACUUGAUAUUUAUGAGUGAUAUAUACAGUUCGCUGAUUUUGAGCCAAAUCUAUAACGUAAUUAUACUGACCUGGGAGAAUUUCAGCCCUAUUCCACUUUCCUGGGCAGUAAAGCUUAUUCACCUUUUUGUUCUACAUUUUCUCCUUUUACCCUCCCUCUGCCUUCUGUUGCAAGGACAGUUUCAAUAUUAAUUUCAGCAGCACACGUUUUCCUCUGCAGGAACAAGAAAAAGCCUAAUAUAUUCUCAAGCUGAACAAGCUGUGUGUCCUUUAGUUGUCUGGUUUUUGAACCUCUACACAUUACCGUAGUGCCAGCACUAACCUGAGUUCUUUUUAAAGGUCUUCUUUAAUGAGCUAUGGGAAUUUGGCUUUUUUGCAACAGCAAUGUUUUGGGUGAUUAUUUUGGCUUGAUACUUGGAUUCCUAUUUCUGGAUUUUGUUGACUUUUUGGAAAAUCACUUUUCUUUAUGGUUUGGUGAGUGGCUUAGCAAAUUAAGUUUGUUUUUUUUUUUUUUUUAAAGAGGAUAGAAGAAUUCAGUUGCAGCUUGUGAACAUGUUAUUUCUUCUACUUUGUCAUUGAAAAUUGAGGAAUCACUUUUAACUGUUUUAGGUGUGUGUGUUCAAAAAGUCAGCAAGUGUGUUUCUGGAUUGUCAAUGAGGAUGCUUAAUCUUAAAAAUAAAAAUAGUUUUAAAAAAUCAUCUUGUAAUUAGAACAGAGUUGCUGCUGUUUGUUUUAUCACCAAGGCAACUGAUCACAUUUUAAAAAUAUUAUAACUUUUAACUUUUUUGGUGCUUGGGAUUGCACUCAGGGCCCCAAGCAUGCUUAGCAUGCACUUUGCCCCUGAGCUACACCUGUACACAUAGAACAUAUUCUUACCUGGGCUUGUGACUGAGCCUAGGUUUCAAGGCUCAUAUUUUGUUUAAACAACUGUGUUUCAUGGACUUUCAUUUAGCACAUUUUAUAUGAGAACUGAAGUUAAAGAAUAAGUUGGUGAUAAGAAAUGGAAAUUGAAAAAUGAUUAUUUGGUGCAUACCUGAGAAAAGUGAUUAAAUAAUUUGGAUUUUUUUAGUAGUAGCCACUCAGAAGUUCUAGUUCAUGAGCUAGUUGAUAUUUGCUAAAGAUCAUUUUAUUUUAAGCUGUUGUAUAUUGAUGACAUCAUAGAAGUAGGAAGGAAGCCUUUAUGGUCCUGUUUUGUGAAAGAAAUGGAAG